AAAGUCAUGCCUGUGGCUAUCCAGAAGAUACCGAGAAGCUCCAAUGUCGAACAAAAUCUCAUUGGUCGCGAAUGCCAUUUCCUGGAAGCCACAGCCAAGUAUUUUAUCGGGGAGCCAAUGGAGUAGCUUACCUUUUAAGAUCUCGGUUCAUCCUUAAGCACCUUCAUUUUCCAAAAUUCCAAGCAAACACACCAGCAUCUGCCUUGUUUCACCAAAUUCUAAUGGCAGCUGCUGCUGCUUCUUCUUCAAAACCUAAGAGGAAUUACGAUGUCUUCUUGAGUUUCAGAGGUACCGACGUUCGCAACAACUUCGUCAGUCAUCUUUACACGGCUCUAGACCAGCAUGGUUUAUUCACUUAUAUCGAUAACGAGGAACUGAAGAAAGGACAGAAAAUAUCGCCGGCACUUAUGAAGGCAAUCGAGGAAUCGCAUGUUGCAAUCAUCGUUUUCUCCAAGAACUAUGCUUCCUCGCCGUGGUGUUUGGAAGAGAUGGCGAAAAUCAUGGAGUGCAAGGCACAUAACGACCUGAUUGUGUUGCCAGUGUUUUACAAAGUGGAGCCAAGAGAAGUGAGAGGGGGGAGAGAGAGUUAUGGGAGAGCUAUGGCGAAGCACGAGUCCAACUUUGGAAAGGAUUCGGAAAAAGUAAAGAGAUGGAAGGAGGCUCUCUUUGACGCCGGUAGCUUGUUUGGGUGGGGCUUGAAUGAUGGGUAA